CGUGGUUCGCGGUCAGCUGCGCUCUGACGUCAGCAGCGCCCGCGGUCGGUCACAUGACUGGUGGACGUAGCAGCAUGGCUCUGCUCUUCAGCGAUGAGGAGAUCCAGCAGGCCUGGACCGAGCUGGACGAGCCGCAGCUCGAUGGAGGAUGGGAGCUCUUCACCGAGACCAUGAACGUCAAAAUAUACCGACUUUACAACAAGGAAACGGGUCUGUACGAGUACAAAGUGUUCGGUUCUCUGACCGGCUGCGCUGCAGAUCUCUGUGCAGAUGUUUACAUGGAUCUGAACUACAGGAGACAGUGGGACUCGUAUGUCAAAGAGCUGCACGAGAAGGACUACGGCGGACAGAAAGCCAUAUACUGGGAAGUGAAAUAUCCAUUACCUCUGUCCAACAGAGAUUAUGUGUAUGUGCGGGAGCGCCGGGAUCUGGACGUGGGAGGACGGAAGAUCUGUGUGGUUUUAGCCAAGAGCUCGGCUGUGUCUCAGUGUCCAGAGAAGAAGGGUGUGAUCCGGGUCAAAGACUACAAACAGAGUCUGGCCAUGGAGAGCGACGGCGCUGGCGGCACCAAAGUGUUUAUGAACUACUUUGACAAUCCUGGAGGAAUGAUCCCGGCGUGGCUGGUGAACUGGACAGCGAAGACGGGCGUCCCUGCCUUUCUCACCGACAUGAAGAAGGCCUGCAGUAACUACAGCAGCUACUGCAACAACAGCAAGUGAUGCACGAGUGACGUCCUCUGCUUCUGUUUCCUGUCAGGAGGGCAUUCUGGGUAGAGUUACUGCUGUUUCUGUGGUGAUCGGAGAAAACGUGCCUGGAGUCCUUCAUUAUUGUUCUUUUGUUGUCUUAACUACUGUAUACAAUUGUCUGUUGAAGAAUUGAAUGAAUCCAGCUUCCUGUUGAACUUCAGCAGGAAAUUAGAGCUAAUUUGAGUUUGGAAAAUCUGUUAAAUGUAAUAUGGAUUGACCACAGCACUUUAAUUGAUUGUUAUUUGUGAAUGUAUGAAAAGAUUAAUUGUUAUAUAGCAAAUGCACAAACUCAAUCAACAAGCCUUCCUGAAGUCUCACCAAGUCUGCAUUUAUUUGAUCAAAAUGAAAGAAAAAAAACUGUUAAAAUUA